GCUGAGAGGGACAGAGGCUGAAGUGCCUCGAACCGAUUGGUUAGCUUGGCUGUGGCUGCCGCUGGCAUGGGCGCAGCAGGCGUUCUGGAAGCUGUGGCGCUGACACUGCGAUGCCUGCUCACAUUGGUCAUCACAUGCCUGGCUGCCGCUCUCGGCUGCGCGGUCGUGGCAGAGAUGAACUCUUUCCUCUACGGCCUGGAGGGUCACAAGUCCUUGAGCGAACUGGCCGCACAGGUUCCAGGCGAAGCAGUCUCGAUGGCGAUUCUGGUGCUGCCUGCCUGGUGCUGCUGGAGAUGCGUCCAGGGCCGAGGGCCGGGCAGCUGGCAGCGCUCCUGCCGCGCGGCGCUGGUGGGAGGCCUGCUGCUGGGUGAUCGAUGCCGCUCUCGAUUUCGGGGUCCGAAUCUUGUGGACCUCCGGGACGACGAUGCCCAGCAGAGGGCAUCCGAGUUGUGAGGGCGAAGAAGUGCGGCACAAAGCGGCCAAACGCGGCACGGCCCAAAGGGGCCCGAGUGUGACAA